AGAAAGGGCAGGAAGGGAGAGGGGGGCGAGAGGGACGAGAACGGGUUCCAAACCCCCCGAGAGAGGUCGGUGGGUUUUUCCUGCAGGGUUUUGUGUUCGUCCAGGGCCAUGGCGGGCCUCUGUAGCGCAGCCGGUCUCGGUGCAGCUCGGACCUGCGCCCCCGCACGCCUGCAGCAGCAGCAGCAGCAGCGCAAUGGGCCGCAUUUGGGCAGCGAUUUCUUCCCAUCUCCCAUCUCCUUCGCGCGCUCGUCGGCGUUGUCGAGGAAGAUAGUUCGUCGACAAUUUGUGCGGAGCGAGCAGGGAAUUCAAUUCUCGCUCGGUCGGUAUGGAGGCAAGUCGGGGAGCGAUGGUUCCAUCUGCGCAGGGCUGCGGUUGUGGUCUGUGGGGGAAUGCCGCGCGGUGCCGAAGAAUGCGAAGGAGUUCGACGACUACAUCGACCCUGCGAACGCGGAGCCCUUGGAGGUGGAGGAUGACGAGGAGGGGAUUUCGAAAUUCGAGAAGGUCGCGCAAGAGGCCGAGCGAGUUCGCAAGCUGCAGGAGGAAGAGUACACGAGGAUGAAGCCCAUUUUUCUGAAAGCUAUAGGAAUUGAUCCCGAGGAUUAUAAGAGCGCGCAGGACCUUCAGGAGGAGGAAGAGGAAGAGGAACUGGCUCCUGAGGUGACCGGAGCCGGUGAGGAUGACUUUUACAACGUCGUCAAUCGAGCCGUCGCUUCCAAGAGGAAGCCGAAGCCAUUAAACCUCAAGUCUGCUGCGGCGCGCAGUUUCCUCGACAGGGACGACGAUGCAUUGGAUAUCGUGAACGACAUUGGCAAAGUCGUUUCUGAAGAAAGUGAAAGCGAACUGGAAGAAGAAGAAGAAGACAUCGUAGGAAUCGACGACGAAGAGGAGGACGAGGAAGACGAUGAGGAGGAGGAGGAGGAGAGUAUUGAGUUGGGUGAUUUCGCGGACGAAUUAGAUGAGCUCGGGCUGGACGAUUUUGACGAAUUUGAUUCUGAUCUUCUGGAUGAUGAAUUCAAACCACCGGUGUACAAAAUGACUCUGGCUGAGCUUUUAGACGAGGCAAAAGUUACUCCGUUGUCUGUAGAAGGAGAUUUGGACGUGGAAAUUACUGGCAUCCAGCACGAUUCGAGAGAGAUCAGUACAGGGGACAUGUUCGUGUGCUGCAUUGGUCACUCUUCAGAUGGCCACCUUUACUCGUCCGAGGCAGUCGAGAGGGGUGCAUCGGUGCUCGUUGUGAGCAAGGAAGUCACUCUGAACAAGAGUGUCAGGGCUUUGGUUAUCGUUGAGGACACCAACUCCAUUCUAUCCGCGCUUGCAGGGGCUUUCUAUGGACACCCCUCUCAAAAGUUGUCCGUGAUCGGGUUGACUGGAACCAACGGGAAAACCACAACCUCAUAUCUUAUCCGAAGCAUGUACGAAGCUAUGGGCCUCACUACUGGUCUGCUCGGGACUAUUGCUUACUACAUCAACAACAGGACGAAGCUGGACGCACCCAACACGACUCCAGAUGCCGUCUAUCUCCAGCAGCUGAUGGCAAAAAUGGUUAGUAGCGGUACAGAAGCCUGUGUCAUGGAGGUUUCGUCACACGCAUUGACUCUGGACAGGUGCAAGGAGGUGGACUUCGAUGUUGCUGUGUUCACGAAUUUGACCAGGGAUCAUAUGGACUUUCACAAGGACGAAGAGGAGUACAGGGCCGCAAAGGGCAGGCUUUUUGCUAAAAUGGUCGACCCUGAGAAACACAGGAAGGUUGUAAAUAUUGAUGACCCAAAUUCUUCUUAUUUCGUGGCUCAAGGUAACCCUGCGGUUCCAGUGGUGACUUUUGGACUGGAGAAUACAGACGCCGAUGUGUAUCCUCUGGAGGUUCAGCUUUCUCUAUUCGAGACUGAGUUGUUGGUCAGAACACCCAAGGGCAAUGUGGAGAUUUCCUCAGGUCUUCUCGGGAGGCAUAAUGUGUACAACAUUCUGGCUGCCGUUGCUGUCGGAGUUGCGGUUGAGGCCCCGCUAGAACAUAUCGUGAGGGGAAUAGAGGAGGUGGAUGCCGUUCCCGGUCGGUGUGAACUCAUAGACGAGGAACAAGCUUUUGCAGUUAUUGUAGAUUAUGCACAUACACCCGAUGCGCUUUCCAGGUUACUGGACACUGUAAGAGAGUGCGGAGCCAGGCGGAUCAUUACAGUGGUUGGUUGUGGAGGUGACAGGGACAAAGGGAAGCGUCCCAUAAUGGCAAAGAUAGCCACUGAUAAAAGCGACGUGUGCAUCUUCACUGCGGACAAUCCUAGAUCCGAGGAUCCUCUGGAUAUUUUGGAUGAUAUGUUGGCAGGAGUAGGUUGGUCCAUGGAGGAGUACCUGAAGUGGGGAGAAAGUGAUUAUUAUCCUCCUCUCCCGAAUGGAAAUAGGUUAUUCGUGUAUGACAUCCGAACGAUUGCCGUGCGUGCUGGUGUUGCAAUGGGAGAAGAAGGUGAUGCAGUGGUCAUUGCCGGUAAAGGACAUGAAACAUACCAAAUUAUUGGAACAGAGAAAGAGUACUUCGAUGACCGAGAAGAGUGUCGCGAAGCCUUGCAACACAUGGAUGCUCUUCAUGCUGCUGGUGUAGAUACUAGUGAAUUCCCAUGGAGGGUACUGGAGAGCACUUGAGCAUGUCACGGAAAGAAUUCGAACAUAGUACCUCUGAGAAGACAGGUGGACUCGCAUCGUGGAAUGGCAAUUCUGAAUAUCCCCACUCAAGGGAAGUUUGUAGAGGAUCGUCGCUGACUCUUCUACUUCCAAGCGACGGUCUUCCCAUCUGUCUGACGAGCUUUGCGAAGCACUGGCUGCUGGGCCAAAGCUCUACGGUUCCGCUUGUCAUCGGUAUAGUUGGCGGGACCUUGCAUGAAUUGAAUCAGUCAAAUUGCUUACAGACAGAUUGGUUUCUACCGAGAUGCUGUGUAGGCUGCCCUUUGUGCAGUUUGUAUGAAGGGGCUAUUUUUUUGUACUCGUAGUUUUUCAAGGCGACUUGUGCUGCUGAGUCAAUCAGAAGAGUUAUACAGUUAUACGGUCACAGGGGUGUGAAAUCAGGAUUAAAGCUAAAGUCUAGGUCUCAUUAUCAAUUAGGACUCCCAAGGCUUGGUAUCAAUGUACGCACCGAGAGGUAGCAUUUCUUCAUUUCUUCAUGGAGCAGGAACCGGAAGACAUAUGUACACUGUAUUUCAGAGGUUCAACUCCAAGAUAUUGGUUUCAAGCCCUCGGAGUUUGUCUUUACAUGAUCAAGAAUUCGAAGUCCAUUAUCUUUCCCGACAAGGCG